GAUGUAGUCGUAGAUAGAAACUUAAUCUGACUUGUACGGAGAGGUCGCACUUCUGUACUUGUAAUCGUCAUCUGGCAAGGAUGACCUGGGACUAGGGGUUGCAAAGAGGCACAAGAAGGGUAGGGAGGGAGCCAGACUGAGUUAACUUUAACCACCCGCACCUCAUACGUAACAGGGGUAGGCUACGACUACACUAGCACCGAUACUAUACUUGUAAGCCGCGGGACUGCGGCUUUGCGCUGCCACAGCUUGUGGCUUGUGAGACGGGUCACAUCACCAGUCCCAGCCCAGGGAACGCUCGUCUAGUUAACAGACUGCAACUCUUAACCUCCAACAGUUACGUUGUUAACUUUUUAAGCCAAAUGCACAUUUUGGAUAUAUGUGCAGCGUGUAAACCUUGUGAUAACGUCGGGUCCGCCUCGGAUAUAUUUUCCCUGUGGUGGGUGUUGUGCUAAACACGUGUGGCUGGUUAAAAGCUUGACCAGGAAACUGGUCCAUAAGUCUUUAUUCCCCCCCUACAUGAAGGUUUUGAACGUGUCCGUUGUUUACCAUCAGGCCGGCGAAUUGUGAUACCCUGUUACAGCUUUAUUCUUCAACUCAUAUCACCCAGUUUGCGUGAUCAUGCCUAGCAGAGCGGAAGAAGUUGGUUCGGGGGAAUGACUGGUAUCCUCAUCGCCAGAGGGCGUGUCGAUGAUGCCUGGGAGGGUUGUGACGUCACCACGAACUUGGUACAGAAACAUCGUCGUGUGUAGCCGGAGACAAACCUUCACGACGGUCACGUGUCUCCUGGUGCUGACCGUCUGUUUCACAUAUUUUAGUUUGAACAAAGGUUGGGGAGUUAAAUUAAUUCCCGGCAAACCAUUGCCUGGAAAGUCAGCGAACCUGCACGAAAGAUCUAGAGCCACGAUCCAUAAACUUGGUAGCAAAUCAAUCAGAAAUCCAACAGAAAGUAAGUCUUCGCGCGAGAGUGAGUCAGUGAUAAUACGCGAAAACGAGUCAGACAAGGACAAGUAUAUUGCGGCUAUUGCAGACGCACUGAAGCUGCCAAAUGGGAAUAAUAUGGGCAGGGAUUCUCAACCGACCACUGCUCUGACGGCAAGUGAAAUCUCAAAUCUGGGCAUUUUACCGGAUGACGAUAAAGGACAGAUUUCUGCUGUGAAUAACACAGACUCUAACAGUAUAGAAGGUAGUCUGAUACUAACGAGUCAAAAGGAUGGAGACGAUAUCAGGCGUUUGUCAAAGGACCAGUACCAAGGCAAUGGGGGCUAUUAUGAUGAAAAUGAUGGCCCUAGUUCUGUUUCCGAUGCUUCAUCAGAUUACCCAGUGACGACAGAAACUGUUUCACAGGAUAAAAAAGAUCCUGUAUCUGAGGUUCAAUCCGAUGAUAUCAAAUCGGUUUUAAGAGACCGAAUACCUCCCAUUCCCGCAGUAAACUCAAACAGUGGCAAAACAUUUCCAGAUAGACCUGUCCUUGUAAGGUCUGCGCAGCCUUUGACAAUAAGUGUACGUUCCAGCAACACGGUUAAAGCUACUCCGUCAGUCAGUCCUAAACCGUCUUCUCCCGCCAGCUACAAUUUAGAUGAGUACGACUAUGAUGAACAUGGGGUUAACUCCUCGUGGCCACCAGAGACAAUCAGGACUAGUGGUGCAAAACUCAUGACGAUGCAGGAGGAAAUAUUUUAUGACCCCCAUGAAGUGGAUCUCCUAUCAAUCGAGCCAUUUAAGUUUUUAAAAGACUACAAAAAUCCUUGUUGGAUUGAAAAUGUGACAACCUGGUAUAUAGACAAUUUGUAUUUAGAAGUUCCAAACGUCCGAGCCAUAUUGACACGUAUGAGCGCCACCUUGCGGUUGAGGCAAGAAACGGGAGACCACCAUCGCGUUCGCUGCUUACCUUACUUUCUUAUCAUUGGUCAACCAAAAUGUGGAAGUACGGAUUUGUAUGAGAAAUUAACAGCUCAUCCUGACUGCGUGCGACCGCCGACAAAAGAACCUCACUGGUGGACUAGAACUCGCUUAGGCAGACACAGGGCUUUUGGUAAUGUGUUAUCGCUUGCAGACUAUGUGGACCUGUUCGACUUCGCCGGAUAUAACAUUGAGCAGCAUCCGACCGUCUCACCCGACACCGGUACAGUCUACCACAAAAUGAUAACAGGCGAAGGAAGUAUGUCAACAUUUUGGGAUAAUGACCACUGGUGGGCGAUGGUGGGCAACGAAAACACAACUGAGCCACGCGUACUCAAUCCUGACUAUGUCCAUCAUGUUUUACCUAAUGCUAAGCUAAUUCUUAUCCUCAGGAACCCUACAACCAGGAUGUAUUCGGAUUAUCUGUAUUUCCGGAAGGAUGACAAGAUGCCGGUGGACUUCCACGGGGACGUUGUGAAAGCUAUCGGUGUGUAUGAGAACUGCUUUCGACAGGCUUCCAUACGCAGCUGUGCGUAUAAUGCUACCGUGAAGAGUAUAGCAAAGGUACGGCUGCGCGUGGGCAUGUACUCUGUCUUCAUGAAGGACUGGCUGCGUGUGUUCCCUCGAGAGCAGUUCUUCAUCAUACGGACAGAGGAGUACGCUGAUAACCCUAGAGACGUGCUCCAAGAGCUCUACAAGUUCCUAGGCCUGGGGAUGCUGUCUGAUUCCCAUAUCACAAAGAUACUGUCAAAGAAGAAGGCGAAUACACGGAGAGUGAAGGACAAACUUCUGGGGGACAUGCUUCCAGAAACCAGGGUUCUGUUGAAUAACUUCUACAGAUCAUUCAACGAAGAGCUGGUAACUCUUCUUAGAGAUGAUCAGUUCCUGUGGAGUGAACCCGGCAGUACGUGACUCGCCUGAAAAAACCUCAUGUUAUUUGACGAGAAUUAAAAUGUUGAAUUCUUCAGUAUCGUUGUAUAAUCAGGCCCAAGCAGAUAAAGAAACCCCACAAAGGAAUACCAAGAGUUCUAAAUGAAUGAAGGCGUUGAAAGACCUGGAUAUCACUGAAUCAUGACAGCGUGACUGUGAACCAUGAAUGGUGUUCACAGAGGAUGAUGUUCUUGUUCUGUACCAAGAAGUUCAUUAGGGAAUUGGAAAAUCUGUGAUUUCGUCUUCACGCAAAUGUGUGAUUCUUUGAGCUGACAACUCCAUGUAUUACAAAAAAAGUCAUUCAUUUUCAUUUAUACCUGAAUGGAUUACAAAGAGGAUAAGCUUUCCUCGUAACGUCAUCGACGCUAAACUGCAGGUCAAUAUCUAAACAGUUGGUUUGUCUUAACGCAUAAAUUUUAAAUAUUUGUAUAUACAUGUAGUAAAAAAAAGCUGUUUCGUUGAA